AUGACAGAUUUCAGCUCUCAGGGACGCACACGGCCCUAUAAUGUGGUUGAUUUGCAGAACUGCAAGAACCACCAGUCAGUGUACAGGUGCCUUUCCCGUGGAUCCACAUACCAAGGGACCAUUAUUGUACAGGGUUUUGACAACUCCAAGUUCAUGGGUGGUGUAACUGGCUGGCUAAGACAGGAAUUCAGAGAGCUUGAGCUGCUGGAUGAGAUAACAAAGCUUAAGUAUGAUGGGACAUUAAGUCCAAGUGUUGAGGGUGCCAAGUAUAUGCCCAAGACCAUGUAUAGUGCAUUGAAAUUGUCAAAGAAGCAGCCAUUUGAUGUUGAGAAACCAUGUAAGGAGUCUCAGUGGGAAAUGGUGAAGCGAGCCAAUAAGGACAAACAGCCCCAGUUGCAAAAAGACCCAGACAGCCUUGCAGAGUCAAGUGCCGAUACAGAUCCCACCAAUCUCACAAAACAUGAUCUCCAGACAGCCAAGGAUGUCCCUGCAAAGGGAACUACUCAGCUUGCUACUGUGAGCAAUGAUAUUGGUUCAAGAACUAAAAGGAAGCACACUGCAAAGGAUAAGAGCUUGCAAAGAGAAGUCAAGCGCACACAUACAUCCAGUAUGAACAUUGCUGGUCAAGAGGAGCCUGUAUGUUUCACUUGGAAUAAUGAGACAUACAGCUGUGCAUUUGAUACCCUAUUUGGCAUAUUACACAACAUAUACAGGGAGCAAAAUAUGAUAUGGGAACCAGACAUCAAGAGCCAAAAUGCAAUAUUGACCAGGUUCACAGAGUUGUUGGAAAAGAAUAGCACGUGGCCGUCCAUCAGAGACCCGGACUAUGGCCCAAUGGAUUAA